GGGGGUCUGUGAGGGUCGCGGGCGCUGCGGGCUCCGAUGCCGCGGGCGGCCGGGUCGUGGGCAGCGGCCGCCGCAGGGCCUCGCCGGGGCCGCUGAGAGCGCGGACGCCGUCGUGCCGCCCUGAGCCCGGCGGGCGCGAUGCGGCGGCGGCGGCUCCGGGGGCCGCUCCUGCCCCUCGGGCUCGGCCUCCGGCUGCUCCUCGUGCUGCUCCUCGUGCUGCUGCUGCUGGGAGGCGGCGAGGCGGCCCCGCUGCCGCGCGCAGGUGCAGGGGAAGCAGUUGCAACUGAAGUUUCCUCCUCUUUUGUGAUUUUGUCCGCAUGUACUUUAGUAGUACUGGUAAUACUGCUUGUGAACUGUGUAUCCUGUUGUAAAGAUCCAGAGAUAGACUUCAAGGAAUUUGAAGAUAAUUUUGAUGAUGAAAUUGAUUUUACGCCCCCAGCAGAAGAUACCCCAUCUGUUCAAUCUCCUGCAGAGGUUUUCACUCUUUCAGUUCCGAAUAUUGUUUUACCAGCUCCGUCCCAGUUUCAGCCUCUUCCAGAGGGAUCCAAGUCUCAAGUUGCACGACAGAGUCUAAACUAUAUCCAAGAAAUUGGAAAUGGCUGGUUUGGAAAGGUUCUGCUUGGGGAGAUCUACACAGGAACUAGUGUAGCAAGAGUAAUAGUGAAGGAAUUAAAGGCAAGUGCGGGUUCCAAGGAGCAAGAACAGUUUUUAAGAAAUGGAGAGGCUUAUUAUAUUCUUCACCAUCCAAAUGUUGUCCAGUGCAUUGGGCAGUGUGUAGAAGCUGUCCCUUAUCUCUUGGUGUUUGAGUUCUGUGACUUGGGUGACCUAAAAACUUAUCUCUGCAAUGAGCAGGAGCAUAUCAAGGGAGAGUCACAAAUAAUGCUGCUACAGAGAAUGGCGUGUGAAAUUGCUGCUGGACUUGCCAUAAUGCAUAAACAUAAUUUUGUGCAUAGUGACUUGGCCUUACGGAAUUGCUUUCUUACAUCAGACUUGAAUGUAAAAGUGGGAGAUUAUGGAAUAGGACUCAGUAGAUACAAGGAAGAUUAUAUUGAAACAGAUGAGAAGAAGUUUAUUCCUCUUCGAUGGACUGCACCUGAGCUAGUAACAAGCUUUCAGGACAGAUUGUUAGCAGCAGAACAAACCAAGUAUAGUAACAUAUGGUCAUUGGGUGUAACAUUAUGGGAACUUUUUGAGAGUGCUGCUCAGCCUUAUUCACACUUCUCUGACAGAGAAGUGCUAACUCAUGUCAUAAAAGAGAAACAGGUUAAACUCUCCAAACCACAUCUGGAACAACCCUAUUCUGAUAGAUGGUAUGAAGUGUUGCAGUUCUGCUGGCUGUCUUCAGAAAAGAGACCAACAGCAGAGGAAGUGCACAGACUUCUAACCUAUCUCCGCAUGCAAAGCCAAAGGGACUCUGAGAUUGAUUUUGAACAGCAGUGGAAUGCUCUUAAGCCAAACACUCUCAACAGAGAAUCAACCAAUUCUGCAUUUCCAAUCCUAGAUCACUUCACAGGAGACAGACUUGGCCAUGAAAUGGAAGAAGUCCUAACAGUAACUGAAACAAGUCGGGGGCUCAGCUUUGAAUAUGUUUGGGAGGCAGCCAAGCACGAUCAUUUUGAAUGUAAUCAGGUGAAUCCUGAUGAAGCAAUGACAUAUACAAGCAUUUUCUUCCCAGUUGAGGUUUUUGAGAGAUCUCUUGCAGAGCAAGGGUCUGGAGCACAGGAUGAAAGUGGUCAGGAGGCAUCGCUUACUGUGCCUGGGGUGCUUCCUGUUUUUGAUGCCCACAAACUUUCUGUUGGAAGUGAUUACUAUAUUCAGUUGGAAGAGAAAGGGGGUGGCAGUAGCUUGAACUUUGAUAAUCAGUCAGCUGUACUAACCACAGAAGUUGAUCAUCAAGAAGUUUUACUGGACAAAAAUUCUCACUUUAUGGUUCUCAGGGAUCUUGAUGCUGAAGAAUCUAGCACUGAUGGGGACUUUUUCCACUAUAACACAGAUCCUAAAGAUGAAAUUUUGCAUGCUACUAGUAGUUCUGAAAGCCCUGUCCAGAAUAUAUUUAAUGACAUUGACAGAGCAGAGGAAUUGGUAAAUAAUAGGAAAUUUUUUGACUUGCCUGAAAUAAAUGAUGACUGCAUGGAAUUUAAACCAGCUGUUUUAAGUUCUAGUUUAGAGGUAUUGAAAGGAAUCUGUCAACCUGAGAGAGAGUGUUCUAGUAAUUUUUCUGAAAAUGAAGCCAUUUUACAUGAAGAUAUUACAAAGCAGUGCGACAGCCUCCUUACUUUAGAAGACUUGUCAGAUAACUUUCUGUUUCUUCAAGAGAAGAACUUAUUAAAGGGGUUGUUGACUAACAAAGAUAACAGUGAAGAUUUGGGGUCAAAAUCAGUAACAGAUAUAAAAAAUAUAUUAGAAACUCCAAAUAGAAAUACUCUGGACAUUGAAUUUAAAUUGGCUGAAAAUACACCAACCUUUUCAGAGCUUUUAGAUUAUCAAGCAAUAAAGAAAGAUGAACAUUUAAUCCACAUACCGACAGAUAAAGAAUUAACUGUUUUGUCUCAGCCUGUCAUAGAUAUGCAGGUGCCUUUUAGUUCACCCGGCACAGAUGAGAAAUUGCAUGAUAACCAUCAGAACCUCACCCCAUUGAAAGGUGACAAUAUCCUUUCAAGGGUAGCGGUUGAUAAAAAAUCAUCUUACAGUAUUAAUGACGGUCUCUGUCAAGAAACAUCUCCAAGGGCUGAAACUACGUCUUCUGAAAAGCUACCCAUUAAUGCCAAAAACAUUAGUGUUGGAAACAGUUUAAGUCAAGAAGUUGCACUUGAAACUGGAGAGUUUGAGGGGCAAAUAAAAGACAGAAUACCUGUUGAUUCUGAAGAAAUAACUUUGGGUAGUGGCCUUGGUAGACAGAAAUGUGAUAUUAGUCAGGAAGGUAGGAAUAAUGAUUUGCAGAAUAAGCCUUCUCCAUUAGAAAAGGAGAAUGCAGGGUCAUUGGAGAGAGAAAAGGAAAAUCCAGAUCAUUUUCAAAAAUAUAAUAAAGAUGUUCCUAAAGAAGUUACUUUAAUAUCUGUUACUACCCCAGAUUGUGCAAGUCAGGAUAGUCUGUUGGGAGACAGCUCAUCUCCUGUGCAAACUGUAGAACAGUUCUUAGAAACUCCAGAUUCUUUGGAUUCGUUAGAUGUAAAUGAAGUUUUAGAGUGUUUAAGGGCCCAGAGUCCUCAGAAGCUUUUACCUCCUGAUAAACCUGGUGACAGUGGCUACGAAACUGAGAAUCUGGAAUCUCCAGAAUGGACUUCACAUCUUACUGCUGAUGAUACUUCUAAUACAGACACUGUACCAUGUGUUGCUGGUGACAGCAGUGUUUUACCACCCAAUCCAGUAAUCAUUGUUUCAGCAGAAACAGCUUGCUCAGAUGCAGUAAACGACAACAGUGACUUUGAAAUUACUACAAAGACUUCUGCAAUUGGAAAUCAGAACUCAUACAGGGACUCUGCCUAUUUUUCUGAUAAUGAUUCUGAGCCAGAUAAAAGAACAGAAGAUGUAAAUAUAUCAAUACUAACAAGAGAUAACAUUUUCAGUAAUAACUCUCAUAACUUUGAAAAGAAUAAUACUGAAGAAGAUUGUUUAAAAAAUAAACAGCCAAAGCACAAUCAAGUAAUAGAUUGCCAGGAAACCAAUAAUUUAGCCUCAAAACUAGAAAUAAAUGACAAGCUGGAGAGACGGCAGAUAGAUGUAACAAUGCAGAUGCAUCCUGAAAAAUGGCUAAAAGAAACCCCGUUGAUACUUGCAGUGAAUUCAGAAGGUAAUCACAGAGAUGAAGUUAAGUUAUCCAAGGAUUCUCUCAGAAAUGUCUCUUGUGUUGGCACUAAUACUUCAGAAUUACUUCUACACAGAGACUUACCAUCCAUUCAUAACAUACGUCCUUCAGAUUCCAUUGUUAGUGAAAAUUCCUUGUGCCACAUAGAAGGACCUAAGCUGAAAGAGCCAGAUAUUGAAGGAAAAUACCUUGGUAAACUUGAUGUUUCUGGAAUGCUUGAUUUAUUGGAGGAUGGAGAUGAUGCAGAUGAAGAAGAUGAAAAUAGUGACUCUGAGGAUGAUAUGAGAACUUUCCAUAUGCAUAGUCUUAGUUCGGACAGUGAAGAUGAAACUGUGCAUCAAGUUCCUGAGAUAUUUUCUGAUAACGAUGAUGGGAAACAUCUAAGAAGCUUGCUGAAACUUCCAAAGUCUCUUAAAUGUGACGGGCCAUCUGAGUAUUGGAAAAGUGAGAAGAAGGCUGUAACAUUCUUUGAUGAUGUAACUGUCUAUCUGUUUGAUCAGGAAACGCCAACCAAAGAACUGGGAAAUCGUGCAGUGGACUCGAAACACAAGGACCCUGAUGUCACUUCUGUCCCUUCUUCCGGUCUUAGUUACUUGAAUAGAUUUACAAAUUCAGAAAGCUCUACUGAUGAAGAAGGUGGAGGUUUUGAAUGGGAUGAUGAUUUCUCUUCCCCGGAGCCUUCUUUUAUAUCUAAGGCAGCAAAUAACCUCAUUAGUUCGAAGCCAUCUCUUCCAACAUCAAAGUACUUUUCCCCACCCCCACCUUCCCGGGGUCCCGAACAAAACUGGUCACAUUCAUCACCUUAUUCAAGGUUCUCUAUUUCUCCUGCAAACCUAGCAAGUCUUUCUCUCACACAUCUUACAGAUUCAGAUAUUGAGCAAGGAGGAAGUAGUGAAGAUGGAGAGAAAGAUUAGGCAGAUUCCCUGGAAUUAUGCUUGAGAUGCAUUCUGGACUAAUAUCUGAUAAACUUGUGUGUCUGAAUUUAUAUGGGUCUGGAUGUAAAAUACAGAUAACUGAGAAACACAAAGAAAUGGAAGUAAACACUGAAAGCAAUGUUCAAUCAGGACAUUAAUUUGAAUGUGUAUUUAACUUUGUAACAUAUUUUUAAAUCAGUGCAAUUUGCUUUUCAUUAUAAGAUGAUUCUGCCGCUGUUUUCAAGUACUUGAAGUAUUUUUCAGACAAUUGUAACAAACACUUAAAGCUAUUACACUACAUUAUGAUUUUAUGUAUGGGAUUGUAUAAACUAUUUAUAUUUUUCCAUGUAGUUCAUUAUCUAUUUGAACAAACAUCCGUUGUAGAAUUCUGUGUAAUUGUCCUGUGCAACAGGAGUCUAUGUUGCUGAAACUGUAUGAAUGAUAGUUGGUAAGUAGUGAGCCAUAUUUAUUCUAAAAGAGAUCACUACAUGUUGUUUUGCUUACUGCGAUUGCACUAUGGAUUAUUCUUCCCAUAUUCCCCAAUAUCAUACAAAAUCAAAAUAUUAAAUUUUCCAAGGAAAAUAAGACAAAUUGAAUUGGCCCAGUUAACCAGUUUGAUUUGUCCUGUUUUGAAUGUUUAGCUGUGCACGGUACUUGUAAAACAUACCUAACUUCGGAGUGAUAUCUUAAAAUUGCCGGAAUCUUAUAUGCUGUAGCAUUUCUAAGUGAUAACUGAUCACAGAUUGUUAAUCUCCAUAUUUUAUAGGAAGUUGGGGGAGAGAAUGUUUGAGAUUCUGGAAUCUAUUUCAGAUUACAAAAUGCGUUACAGUAGCACCUGCCUAUUAUCAUAUUUAAGAACCUUCUGACAUUUCCAUUACAUUACCUGCUUUGGAGAGAGGUAGGAUGUUUUGGCCCUACAAAAUGGCUUUGAAACCAGGUGUGUUAUAUAAGAAAAACAAACAAACAAACCUAAUUUCAGUUUAAAAAAAAUAAAUUAGGUACUUUUGACUCCUCACUUUUUUUAACAUCCUGUGAAUUCUGAAGACCAGUUUGUUGUCUUAUUUCUCUUGACUGUAGAUUUGGUCUUCCAUGCCUCCUCUCUCUCUCUCUUACUAUAAAAACAGUUGAAUAUUAGGGAUUAAUGGUUGGGAACUUUAGCAUGCUAAUAGAAACCUUGCUUUAAAGCAGAGUAGUUAGUUAAUUGGCAUUCAGGCUUUGUCACCUAGAAGAGUCCAGGCCUGCAUGAAGACGUCUUUAGGACCCCAUGGGACUGCUUGAAACGUGCACUGACGCAAAGAUGUAAAAUAGUAGAGCUUGCCAUGAAGAUGUCCAAAUGAAGUGAAUAUGGUCUUCCCUCCUGUCCAGCAGUAGCUAAGUAUGUUGUCUUAGCAGGUUCCCUUCCUGUCUCACUCCAAAGUAAGUACUGUAGGGCAAUAAUCCCCUAGCCUUUUGAAUGUGUUACCAAGUCACUGACUUGUGGGUAGCUUAAAAAGAAAACUGAAAUGAAAACUAAGCUUUGUAGUCAGCCAGUCUGUCUGGCUGCACAGCAUACUGCAGCUUAGCGACAAACUUUUUACGGGGCUUUUAACUUAAGGCUAGUUUUUCUGUUGAGCGGGUCUGAGCACAGCACAGCUAAGAAUAGUGAUAAUCUUCUGCAGCAUGAAAAAACUUGCUUUUUUCAGCUGUGGUAAGCUUUUAUAUUACGUUUUUAUAUACAGUUUGGUUUAAAGCAGGGUAUCUGUUUUAAGUGACAGAAAUAUAAAAAUAGUGCUUCUCAAGCAUUGUUUUGCCCUGAGAAGCAGAAUGGCUUCCAUGCCUAUCAAAAGAUAGAGUAGUUAUAGAUGCUUUAAAGUUGCCAAUGUAUUGCUGACAUGCUGAGUGUCUUACUGAGGAGCUCAGGUUCAGAGGAAAUCUGUGAACUGGUUGUACGUUAGUGUGAAAUGAAUAAUAUAGCAUCAACUCCUUUGUAGACCUUUCCAACACAUUUAAUAAGUGAAGCCACUUGUCAAUAUGUCCUUAAAGUACAUAUUGUAAGAGGUUUAAAGGAGCCAUUAUAUUGUGUACUCUUACUACCUGUUAAAAUUUAAAUGGUAGACUUUUUGCAAGAAGCAUUGUGGCCUGUUCUAUAAUACUGAUUUUUAAAAGUCCUUAAAUUCACACACGCCAGAUAUAGAUAUUUUAUAUCACUCUAGUACUUCUUUCUAACUCUUAUUUCCAUACAGAAGUUGGGAUAUUCAAAAUUAAGAAUGAAACUCCAUUUGUUGGGUCUCCAAAGAAAGCGUCAACUUAUAAAUUGAAAAGUCUGAAGUUCCCCACCAUUGGACAAGUUGCUUGUCCUUAAUUAUGAAUUCCUUGACUUUGAACAUCAUUUCUGAGGUGCUCAAGUUGUUUGAAAGGGAUGUAGAGAUUUGGUUUCACUUCUGUUUCUGCUGUAAAUUUAGAAAUUCAGAUUACUGACUAAAUUGUGUAGGCAAAUGAAUAGCCUUUUACAUGCAACACUUCAGGUUUUUCCUCAGUUACAUGGGAUUUUAGCUCUAGUGUGUUAAAUCUUGCAUAAUAAAAGUUGACUUCUGUGUCCAAAUGAGCUGUUUGCAAAUGAAUUGCCAAAUGGGCAUUUAUGUUCAAAAGGGGAUUGUGAGGAUAUUACUCAAAGCAAUAUGCUUUUUUAGCUACAUAACAACAAAUAUUUAGUUAACCCUGUGAAUUGCUACACUUCCUUAGUCUCGAUGGAUUUUAAUUGCAGUACAGUUCACUGGGUUAGAACUGUUAUCUACAAUUUUUUUGGAAGUAUAUGUAGUUAAUGUUGACCAACUAUUAGCAGUGUUUCCAGGGGGUAAACCCAUAUUCAAAGAAUCAGUAGCACAAUGAAGGCAAAUUAAGUGGAGUAAUUCAAAGGUAACAUAUUGGAAUAAUUGGGUUAAGGCGGGGUUCUACCACGUGGGCCAUACACUUAGUUCUGUAAUUUCUUGCACUGGUUACUCAGUUGGUGAUAGCAGUUUUAGAAUUAUUUGUAUCUGUUUUCAGUAGUUUGUGAGGACAGGCUCCAUUUUAAUUUCUUCUGUAGUAGGAAGUCUUGAUUAUUAAAUAGUAAUGAUAUUGUCUUGAUUUGGCUAUUUAAAUAUUUUAUAACAAAGAGGCUGUUAGCAAUUUAAGAUGGAAGUUGAUUUAAAUUAUUUGGCACAGAAAGUCUAGUUUAGAAAUUUGUAGAGAGGUCAACAAAGUAAGGGUGUCCAUUUGUAAAUUUUGAAACACCUGUACCGUCCCAGAUACCUUACCAUCAGCUGUAUGUUGUGUGUGUAUACUGCCAUUUCCAUGGAAAGUGGCUAAUUAACUACUUUGUUCAUAUCCUUGGUGAUGCACUAAUGAAAGCCAUUCAAGCCUCUUUCUUUUAUCAGUAUUUUAACUAGUAGAUUUGUAUGUAGUAUUGAGUCUUUCUCUCCCCCCCCCCCCCCUUGCUUCCCCCCAGGGGGCUGGUUAGUAGGAGUUGUGUGGUUUUUAAACAGUUAAGCACUAUGCUAAAAUAUCAGUGGUAAGUCUGGUGUUAGUGAUAUGGCUAUUUAUGUUGGAUUCAGAGAGAGGUGGAAUUGAAGUAUAUUAGCCUUAUAAGAAAUAGCCUUAAAAUAAGAAUGGAGUGUACAAAAUUAAUUCAGCUUUAAAUCAUACAAAAAACAUCCUUAAAUAUUAAUGGAUUUUGGUUCAAGACUUUGAUAUGAAAACUCUGGAGGGAGAGUAAAAGAUCAUAUAAAUGUAUUGAAAAUAAGUAUUUGUAAUACCAGCAGCCUGUUUUUCAGAUAAACUUGAAUAUGACUUACAAUUAUUAGUUUUGUUUAUUAAAUUGUUUGAACUUGCACAGUUGUAGGUGUAACUUAAUGAUAAAUGGUACUCAUGUGUAUAUAUAUAUAAUGUUUAAUUCUAUUUGUAAAUGAGGAACUAUGUAACAAAAUCAUAGGUAUGAGGUUUUCCUAUUGUAAUUUAAUACAGGUAUGAGGUUUAUGGCAAUAUAUCAUAGUUAAUAAAAUUUCAGGUCAAAUUGUCUUUAAAUUGUGUACAUUUUUAAAUUGUAAUUUCUACUGUAUAUUGAUUAUCAUGCAUAGUGUGAUUCAAUAAAUUGCCUGUAAUUUAAAAACACUAUUUAAUAUUAAAAAAUAAAAUACGGUUAUAUAUUUAUAA